GGAUGAGAGGUUAUGUGAGCCCCCCAGCUAUAGGCCACUGUUGCCCUGACCUGUGCCUCCCACCAGUGCCUUUGUGAGCAUGUAUCGCAGGAACGGGCUUUCAGAUGGCACCAGCAUCAAUUCAGUCACCUCAGAGGCCAGCAGCAGCUCUGACUCUCUGGAUGGACCUUGCGUAGAUUAUGCUAAAAGCUAUGAUGCAGUCGUCUUCGAUGUGCUGAAGGUGACUCCUGAGGAGUUUGCAAGCCAGAUCACUCUGAUGGAUGCACCAGUCUUCAAAAUGAUACAUCCAGAGGAGCUGGCCAGCUGUGGAUGGAAUGGGAAAGAGAAACACAGUUUGGCCCCCAAUGUGGUUGCAUUCACACGCAGGUUCAACCAGGUGAGCUUUUGGCUGGUGAGAGAAAUCUUAACUGCCCAGACGCUGAAAAUCCGAGCAGAAAUACUGAGCCAUUUUGUCAAAAUAGCAAAGGUGACUUUCCAGCUAGAUUCAGUCCACUCAUCUGGAUCAGCCCAUUCCUCCCUAAAGUCCUCCCCAUGGCUCUCACACAGAUUAUGUAGGACACAGCAUUUGAUUAGUCGUAAAGACAAGGCGACAUUUGAGAAACUUAACUAUCUGACAUCCAAGGAAGAGAACUACACCCGCAUGAGAGAAUACAUCCGCUCUCUGAAGAUGGUGCCCUGUAUUCCUUACCUUGGAAUAUACCUGUUGGACAUGAUCUACAUUGACUCAGCCUAUCCUGCAUCAGAUAGUAUCAUAGAGACAGAGCAACGGACCAAUCAGAUGAACAACCUUCUGAGGGUCAUCUCCGACCUGCAGAUGUCAUGUAACUAUGAUUACUUGGUGACUCUGCCGCAUGUCCAGAAGUAUCUGUUAUCAGUUCGCUAUAUAGAGGAACUCCAGAAGUUUGUAGAGGAUGACAACUUCAAGCUGUCUCUGAAGAUUGAACCGGGCAACAGUUCCCCUCGCAUUGCUUCUUCUAAAGAAGACCUGGCAGGGCUCCAUGAAGUAUCUGCGUGUCUGAGGUACAACCGACGGCCUACUUGCCCUGACGCCUCUGUGGGGGUUCAUAUCCCCACCCCCCCUCCUUCUCACCACAGGAAAAGCCAUAGUCUGGGAAACAACAUGAUGUGUCAGUAUGGCAUGUCAGAAAGCAGGAGUGCCACGUUUCCCAUAGACAAAGCACGACACCUGCUGGAUGACAGCUUCUUAGAGUCUCAGAGUCCAGUCAGAAAUGAUCCACACAGUACAUCUGUGUCCAAUGGCCUGUCAUUAGGCAGCAGUGAAAGCUCUUUUGGGGAGGAGCUGUCACCUGGAAUGGAAAGGGGCCGCAUGUACGCAACACUGGGCCCAAACUGGAGGGUCCCACUUCGCAACUCCCCCCGGAGCCGCAGCUAUGUUUACAGCUCAUCUGCUGCCAACUCCUGCUAUGGAUGCAGUGAUGCCAGCAGUGUGACUAUUGAAGGACCCCUGCGAAGGAAAACUCUGCUUAAAGAGGGACGGAAGCCCAAGUUGUCAUCAUGGACCAGAUUUUGGAUCACUCUGUCUGGAUCAACACUGAUAUUUUUUGGGGCAAAAGCACUGAGGGCUUCUGAGAGGAAACAUUAUAAGUCCAGCCCUUGUAAGAAGGUGUGUGUGACUGGAUGGAUGGUGGUGCUGCCAGAUGACCCUGCCAGACCCAACAUCUUCCAGCUCAAUGACCCAGACAAAGGCAACGUUUACAAGUUCCAAACAGGAUCCAGGUUUUCAGCGAUCAUCUGGCACAAAAACCUGGAAGAGGCUUGUAGGAGCAGUAGACCUCAGUGGCUGGAGGCCGGUGGUGGCGGUGUUGGUGAUCUGGUGUUGGCACCCUUCUGUCUUGUCUGCUGUGUUCCUGGGAGUGGGUUACUUCACUGAGUGUGUCUGCCACAUGUGUGUCCGGUGAUCUAAGUUGAUUUGUUUUUUGGUGGAUCCUUCCCCUGCACUAGGCCCCGUCCAUCAACUAGGCCUCAGCCCUGAUCAGUUUUUUUUCCCCUCCCUGUGUGACAUUUUUAAUUAUGGUUUUUACCCAAUUUGUUUAAUAAAGUGUAUUUUUUUUUUUAUCAAUUGGAACCACGUCUCAUGCCUCUUGAGUAAAUGUACCUGUGUGCCUUGUAGUGCAAAAAUAAUUCUCUGGGUGAAAUUCCCAGGGUGUUGUGUUGUUGACAACCUUAGCUUUACUAUUCCUACUACUCCUUGCGAUAGGUAGAUAGUAGGUAGGUUUUGCACACGUAAUAUGUGGAAUGUGAGAAAAAUCAUCUGUUCUAAGGUUAUUAAUUAAUUUUUAUUCAAUGUCACCUCUGAUCACAUGAAAGAAGGGUUUUGGCUGACUUAUUUAGCUAAAUCAGCCUACUGAUUUGAAGUGGUGUUGCAGAGAGGGGGCCAGGCUGACUUCCAGGUUGUGCGCUGUA